AAUGUUGACGGCCCCUUAAUAUUUUCUGAUGAAAUCUCAAACUAAGGCAGAAACACGGAACUACCAGGCGGGUCAAAUUACACUUUAAACCGGGAUAAACCGUAACAGUAUUGUCAACCGAAUUAGAUUAAACAGUCUUACAUUGUUUACGAUCUAACCAUUUUUGUUUUGGAUCGAAUAUUGUCUUACUUCGGUUAACAAACGGCUGAGCUAACUAGCUGCUCGUGCUAAGCUAACAGCUAAGCUACACCGGACACCGGAGAUCUCCAGCCGGCCGCCGUCGCCUCUUUUACGGGGAUUUUAAAACCCGACAACCAUGGCUCUUCUCUCGGCCUCACACUUGGAUGUAUCCUCCGUUUUUCCCGUUACUGUUUCCAAUAAAUUCUCCUCCAGAAAGAAGAACAACCGCCGCUGUCAGAGGAGUUUCAGCACCGCGCAGCGAGCCGGGGAGACGGACGUUAUUCCCGGUUUCCCUGUCUGGGUCGAGGUGGAUUUUCAUACUGAAAAUUAGUUUAAUUAAAACUAAUUAAAAAAAUCAAGGAGAGACUGACUCACUGAGAAAAAUGCAUUUAGUUUCAAGAGAUUGAUUUCCAUAAAGGCAGUGUUUUUUUAAAAUGGUGAAGCAGUUGGCCUUAUGACAGCGUUGUAGUUCACAUUUAAAAAAAGACGUUAUUAAAAUGGUGUAAUCACAAAAAAACCUCACACGGUUUUUAUAUGUUUUUAGCUACAAUAAACCUAAUACUCUAUGUAUUCGGUGUGUGAGGACCCAGGCAGUGUUCAAGUCAAUGUGUCUAUAAAAAAACUGGAAUAAAUAGUAUUAUAAAAGUCACAUUUUGCACUAAAAUGUUUAAAAGUAUGAGUGGUGACGGACAUGUUUCCAGCGGGCAGAGCGCAUCCUCCAUGGCCGGGCGAGGAGGCCCCUCCGCCGGGCUCCACACUCAGGAAAGCUCGUGGCUCGGGGUUCUGUCAAGGCCCGCGAUGUCUUUCCUCCAGAAAUAUCUCCCGGGGAGAAACGAGGCCCGGGCGGACACCGGAGCCGGGUUCAUGCUGGAAGACCUGAUCCCGGUUCCUCCCCAGCUGGCCUACCUUCGGUGUGACGCAGCUCCCGGCAGCACUUUACCGUGGCUCCAUGCUGAUUCUCACCUGGAGCCUGGUAAAAGCUUGCCGUGGCUCUCCGCUGACUCCAUGCGGGAGCUUGGCAUCCAGAACACGGAUGAAAUGAACCUGAAUCUGGUCCAGCAAACUCAGAUGGGGUACUUGUCUUCUGUCAGGACUUUCUUCAGUCAUGUUGUGUUGAAUUCUUUUCAGGAAGGGAGAGCGACUUUAGGGAAGGACUGGGAUCCUGCAGGGAACUCAGCGAGGGGCAGUGGGUCGUGGUGGGGCAGUUUCUGGGGGUCUGAGGGGGGGUCAGGGCUGCUGUCAGACCCGUCCUGGGAAGAGGAGGAGGGGGUCCUCACUGCAGGGCUUUGUCCACAACAAUCUCCAACAAAAGCCCCCGAAACAAGCACCACGUUGGGAGAAGCUUCUGGACUAAGACACAAAGAGAAGCCGGCUUACAAAGAAAGCCAUGAAACACAUGAUGUAGUCCAGAACAUGGAGGAGGGGGUGUCCACAGCCAUCAGUCUCCCCAGGUCAGAAGCCCCCUCCUGCAGUGAGGAGGCUCCUCUGACCCCGGAGCAGGACCAUGGAUACACCAGUCUGGAGGAGGAACAUGUGCAGGUGAACAUGGUGAACGCUCCGAUUGAAGAGCAGCAGGAUGCCGCAGAAAGUAGUCCCACUAAAGAGACUUCUGAGGAGGAAGAGGAGGGUCUAUCAGCGGAGGUAGAGAAGGGUUUAUCAGCGGAGGAAGAGGGUCAGAACCGCUGUCAGAACAAAGCGAUCGCCUUCAUCAUGGGACAACCCUGCAGCGACGACAGCUCCGAGGGGGGGUCCAGCUCUGAGGAAGAUGAUGAAGACGAUGACGGCUUCAACAGCGAAGACUCGUCCGAUCUCUCCGACUCCACGGACGACGAAGACUCUGAGCGUCUGUGGAGAUACUUGGGUCGCAGCGCUGACCCGUACGACCCCCGAAACUUCACGGCUCCGCUGCACACGGCCACCUCCUCUCCUCCCAGAAACAUCCCUCCUUCCUCGCCUGACUCCUCCCCUGACUCCUCCCCCGACUCCUCCCCCUCUCUCCUCCCUCUCCCUCUCUCCCCCCUGGCUGUCUCCUCCGCCUCCCCUCCGUCGGGCAGUGACUCCUGGGAUGAUUCCACCUCAGCGAGUGAGGCAGAUGAAGCAGAAAGUCUCCGCCUGUGGAGCUCCUUCAGCUGCUCGGACCCUUACAGCCCCUUCAACUUCCAGGGACCCAUGAGGACUCAGGAGCCCAGAACCAGGACCAGGACCAGAACCAGGAAGGCUGUCUCCUCCUCCCCCCCCCUCAACCCGGCUGCUCCUCCUCAGUACAGGAGGGAGGAGGCAGAGGAGCGUCUGGACAGCGGCUUCUCUGAACUCUCCGUUUCCUCCUCCGCCUGCAGCGUCACUAAGAAGGUGCGUUUCUGUGAGGACGUGGAGGAGUUCUUUGCGAGCGGGGGGGAGGAGACGGAGGACAGACGGGGUCCCUGGGAGCAGUUCGCCCGGGAUCGAUCUCGCUUCCUGCGCCGCGUGGAGGACGUCCAGCUCAGCAUCGACUACUGUCUGCAGCCAACACACCGUCACCUGGUGUCUCUACGCCUGGGGACAACCGAGGGCAACUGAGGGCAUCUGAGGGACAGCAGGACGUCCUGAAGGUCAACGAGACGUUUGAAGGACAUUGAGACUUCCU